UACUUUUGAGGCAAUAAGAUGCCUUUUGGUCCAUUUAAUAAUGGGACAGCAUUUCGCUAGUCUCAGAGAAUUUUUUAGAAUGGAUGGUGAACGGCAGUCUUCUGAAGUAUGCUCCAGUGUUAUUCAGCACUCAAGAUUAGAUAUGAUGAAUCAGGAUGAUGUAGAGAACAUGCAUGAUGAUGCAAAUAACGGAAAUGUACCUGCAUUAAACUCAAAUUCAAUAUUACAUGGAGAAUGCAAGAUGCAUGGGAUUUUGGACAAUGACAGAUUAAAUUUAGAACUGGAUAAUCAUAAUUCUAAAUUUGAAACAUUAUAUAGUCAACCUAUUGAAACUCAGGAUUCAAAGCAAAUUUGUAGCAAUGGAAAUGUUACUAGCGAGAUACAUUUCAAGCAACAGGAAGUAUGUUGCAGUAGUUCUGAACGUAGUAAUAAUAGCAGUAGUUCAGAAGAUAGUCCUGUAAACCCUCCUUUAAGGAGAUCUUCUAAAACCUUAUCAUUUGGAAAACGCAAAAGCAAACAGCGUAACAAGGAUCAGAACCCUGCAUGUACUCAUGUUUUAUCUUCUAAGAAGAAGAGGAGUAAUUGGGUACUGAAAUUUAAUUGCGCCAAGAGUAAAGCUUCUAAAAGCACUGACAUUAUUCCCAGUCAUGGAAAUACUAGUUCAGAAUGCGUAUGCACUGGUUAUAGAAGAACUGGAGAGCAUUCUGUUGGAGCUGGUGUCGUGCUUAAUAGUCAGUCGGCUCCGCAAAGUCCAGUGCUAGGUCCCCUUCCACCUAGUCCUGUAAUUGAUCUUUCAAGAAUCUAUCCAGAGGAGUUUCCCAUGGAAGAUUGCGAUGAAAGAGCUCGACUGCAACGUGCACGAGAAAUGGAGGAAGGUGUUGAACCUCCUCCUGGUUAUAAGCCUAAUUCAUCAGACAUACAAGUACAUGCAAAUGGAAUAACAGUAGACAGUUUAGCGGCCUUAUUUCAAGCCCAUGCCGGCAUUCAUGCUGCUGCCCUCACGGCAUUGUCUCAGAUUGAUUUUACGUUAAUUCCAAACAUCGAAAGACCUGCGCAUACACAGGUCGAUUAUGUUCAUUGCCUUGUACCAGACCUCAGGUCAAUUACAGCUUGCUCCUUUUAUUGGGGUAAAAUAGAUAGAUACGAAGCGGAACGUUUGUUAGAAGGCAAACAAGAAGGCACGUUUUUGUUGCGGGAUUCGGCUCAAGAAGAGUUUCUCUUUUCUGUGAGUUUUCGAAAAUAUGGACGUUCUCUGCAUGCGCGAAUCGAACAAUGGAAUCAUAAGUUUAGUUUUGAUUCACACGAUCCAGGAGUUUAUGCCUCGGAAACGGUAUGCGGUUUAAUCGAACAUUAUAAGGACCCUUCUUGUUGCAUGUUCUUUGAACCUAUGCUCACAAUACCAUUGCAUCGAAAUUUUACCUUUCCGUUGCAACACUUGUGCCGAGCGGUAAUUACUACACGAACAACAUACGACGGUAUAAAUAAACUGCAGUUGCCAAAGACACUUAAAAGUUAUCUUAAGGAAUACCAUUACAAACAAAGAGUACGCGUUAGGCGAUUGGACACUGAAAACGAUUUGCAGUCAGAUGGAAGAUCCAUAUCAUAUUUACCUUUAAUAUGAGUCUCUGUAUUCAUGUUCAAUAGAACUAUCAUACGUUACCUUAUUAAUUUUCCACUCGAAUCUACCACUUUACUAUAGUCAGCAUAUGUGCAGUACUGGGACCAACGUCACUGCAUGCAUACGAAUUGUCUAUACUUUCAAGAAAAAUAUUUAUUAAAUGUACGCGUGUGUUGCAA